AUGGGGAACCACACCGUUGUCACUGAGUUUGUCCUGCUGGGGCUCUCAGAUGCCUGUGAGCUGCAGGGGCUCAUCUUCCUGGGGCUUCUCCUGACCCACCUCCUCACUCUGCUGGGGAAUCUCCUCAUUGUGGGCAUCGCCCUCAUGCACGGGCGCCUCCGCCCCAUGUACUACUCCCUCCGCAGCUCUGCUGUCCUGGAGACCUGGUUCACCUCCGUCAUCUUCCCCAAGAUGCUGACCAACAUCCUGACCGGAGACAAGACCAUUUCCGUCCCAGGCUGUUUCCUACAAAGCUUCCUCUAUUUCUUCCUGGGCACCACAGAGUUCUUCCUCCUGGCGGUGAUGUCCUUUGACAGGUAUGUGGCCAUAUGUAACCCCUUGCGUUAUGCCACCAUCAUGAGCAAAAGAACCUGUGUCCAGCUAGUCCUUUGUUCAUGGGUGGCAGGAUUCCUUCUCAUCAUCUUUCCAAGUUUCAUCACUUUUCGGCAGCCAUUUUGUGGCCCCAAUGUCAUUAAUCAUUUCUUCUGUGAUAACUUCCCACUCCUGGAGCUCAUAUGUGCAGACACGAGUGUGAUAGAGCUCCUGGGCUUUAUUGUGGCCAACUUCAGUUUACUGGGCACGCUGUCCGUGACGGCCACCUGCUACGGCCACAUCCUCCAUACCAUCCUGCACGUCCCCUCAGCCAAGGAGAGGCAGAAAGCCUUCUCAACCUGCUCCUCCCACAUCGCUGCUGUGUCUCUCUUCUACGGCAGCUGCAUCUUCAUGUAUGUCCGGUCAGGGAAGGGUAAUGAGGGAGAGGACAAAAACAAGGUGGUGGCCCUGCUCAACACCGCGGUCACCCCGGUGCUCAAUCCCUUCAUCUACACCCUGAGGAACAAACAGGUGAAGUAGGUGUUUAGAAAGCAAAUGAGCAAGCUCCUCUCUUAA